AUGUCACAGCCUGAGAGACAUCUGCUGCCACUGACUGCAUCCCCCAUCAUACUGACUGCAUCUCCCAUCAUACUGACUGCAUCUCCCAUCAUCCUGCUACCACUGACUGCAUCUACUAUCAUCCUGCUACCACUGACUGCAUCCCCAUCAUCCCCCAUCAUCCUGCUACCACUGACUGCAUCUCCCAUCAUCCUGACUGCACCCUACAUCAUCCCUGCUACCACUGACUGCAUCCCCCAUCAUCCUGACUGCAUCUACCUUCAUCCUGCUACCACUGACUGCAUCCCCAUCAUCCUGACUGCAUCUCCCAUCAUCCUGCUACCACUGACUGCAUCUCCCAUCAUCCUGACUGCAUCUCCCAUCAUCCUGUUAACCACUGACUGCAUCCCCCAUCAUCCUGACUGCAUCCUCCAUCAUCCUGCUAACCACUGA